AAAACGAGCGCACGCACACUCGCGCGUAACGCCAAGCUUUAUUGUCCGCAGUGUAUAUAUAAUAGUCACUCACCCCUCCGCGUCGAAAGUGCACGUCAAGCGCUGUUUUGGUGCACCCUGUCGCCUCCGUAUACUCCGUCUUCUUUUUUAUAAUUGUAUAUUACAACAAUAUAAUAUUAUAUCUAUCGACGAGCAGCUGUAAAAAUUUGUGAAAAUCGUUUUUCUACUUCCGUUUUAACCGCCGUCAACGCCAAACGCAUCGAACAGAAAAACUCAUAGCGGUCACUGCAGCAGCAGCAACAGCAGCGGCAGUAACUUGCAAACUGCACGCGUUAACAGCGACCACGUCGUUACCGUCGCACGCAAACCGCUUGGACAAAAGUCAAAAGAACGUACUGCGUGUCCGUCAUAUGGUUGGACAGAGGAGGCCAAGUAGAUCAUGUUCAAUAUUGAUAUGGGGUGGUUUUCUAUUGCUUUAUGCCGCGCUAACUGCAAUCAUAGAUUGUACUCAAAGCAAUUGGACAAGCACGACAGUUAUUCCAUUGUCGUCAAUUGUCAAGCAAUCUUCAUCCGCAGCCUCUGUGACCACGGAUGAUACUUACGUGACUGGCGACGUCCAAACAAUUCUUCCGACACAAUCGCCACUUCAAAAUGAAAACCAAACUACGGAGAGCACUUCGGUUCUAAAUACAGCAAAUACAACGACAAUUAUUAGCGACGAUUCGACUGAGAAAUGCACACCACCAGCAAUAAAACAAUUCCCAAGGCCUUUUAUGAGACCCUCUGUGAGGCGACGAGGAGGAAUAUUAAUCCACAUAAUUAUAUGUAUUUAUAGCUUCUUAGGAUUAGCAAUCGUAUGUGAUCACUAUUUUGUAAAGUCACUGGAUAGAAUUUGUGAAGAACUGAAAGUAAGCCCCGAUGUCGCGGGUGCAACAUUUAUGGCGGCAGGUAGUUCUGCUCCUGAAUUGGCUACCGUUGUCAUUGGUGUAUUUCUAGCCAAAGACGAUAUAGGCGUGAGCGGAGUCAUUGGAUCUGCCGUUUUCAAUAUCAUGUUUGUCAUAGCUGUUUGUGGUUUAGCAUCCACAACCGUGACUUACCUCAACUGGUGGCCGCUUUGCAGGGAUUCAUUUUUCUACACUAUAAGCAUACUCAUCAUGCUGUUAGCCAUUUACAAUGAAACUAUAUCAUGGAUCGAAAGUUCUAUGCUCCUUCUGGCAUAUGUCAUAUAUUGUGUGGCGCUGUAUUAUAAUUUGUACUUGGAAGCAUGGGCCAAUACUUGGAACCUCCCUUUUCCACCAAGAAAUCAUGGACAAAUAAACGAAUUGUUUGCGGAUCAACAAACAUCAGAUAUCAAAGAAGGCCAAGAACAAAUUCAAUUGACCGGUACUAAAAGUCCGAUGGGGUAUGACACUACUGGAUCAACAGGAAUAGACCAACAAGAACAAAAUCAACAGCAUAAAAAUCAACAAACACAACAAAAUCCAGACUAUUAUAUACCUAAGGUGUAUCAUGAAGCUGAUGAGGUGUAUAGGCAGCAUCCAUCACAUACUUUUUUUUAUAAACUGGAAAAAAAUUUGAGAGAUACCGGUUCUUUUUCCAAACAAGUUAUUAACCAACAACCAAGACGAGGAAAUGCUAUUGGAGAAGAUAUUGAGGUACAAAUACUAGCUUACGUUAGAGCAAAUCCUAGGACUUCUAUUCGUCAUGUUAGUAGAGAAAUAAACAUUUCAUUUGGAGUUGUUCAAAAAGUUUUGAAAAAACAUAAGAUGCACGCUUAUCGUGCUGAUUUAGUUCAACAUUUACGUGAAGGUGAUGCCGAACGUAGAAUUACGUUCAUUGCUUGGUUGGAAACACAGUUAAACGAAAAUCCUUAUGUUUUAAAUUACAUUCUUUGGACAGAUGAAUCUAAGUUUACAAAUAAUGGAGUUUUAAAUAAACAGAAUCAUCGCUAUUGGGAUGACCAAAAUCCUCAUUGGACAUUUGAGACCAACAAUCAAACUGUAUGGGGAACGAAUGUAUGGUGUGGUUUAAUAAAUGGUAAACUAUUAGGGCCAUACUUCUACGAUGGCACUCUUAAUGGAAGACGAUAUAACGAUUUCUUACAAAAUGAGCUACCUAAUAUGUUAGAUGACCUUCCAYUAGACAUAAGAACGAAUUUAAUAUUCCAACAAGACGGAGCUCCAGCUCACAAUGCAAAUAUUGUUCGCAAUUACCUCAAUGAAUAUUUUCCAAAUCGGUGGAUAGGGACUUAUGGAGCAGUUCAGUGGCCACCAAGGUCACCAGAUCUUACACCACUAGAUUACUUCCUAUGGGGUAAUACACUUGGUAUACCAGACACAGUCAUGGGACUAACUUUUGUUGCUGCUGGAGUUAGUGUUCCAGAUGCUCUAUCAAGUCUUUCAGUAGUUAAAGAAGGUUACGGUGACAUGGCCSUAUCUAACGCAAUCGGAAGUAACGUAUUUGACAUAUUAGUAUGCCUAGGACUCCCGUGGUUUUUGCAAACUGCUGUAUUUAAUCCAGGAAGCACUGUAAAAGUAUAUAGCAAAGGUUUAACCUAUUGCACAUUAACUCUCCUAUCGACCGUAGUAUUUUUGUUGGUGGCAACGCACAUGAAUGGAUGGAAAUUGGAUAGAAAAUUUGGAGCUGUACUAAUGUUGUGGUAUUUGAUUUUCAUCGCAAUAGCUAGUUUAUACGAAAUGAAUGGUACUAUGAAUCCACCCAGCUGCUUGACCGACUAUUAAUGUUAUUUUAUAAAAAGUAUUUGAAUAAUAGGUUACAUAUAAUUUAUUAAUUUAUUUCGGUUUUAAAUAAGUUCAUUUUGUAUUUUUCGUUCAAAAUAACGUUAUUCUCCUGUCGUGCAUGACAGUUCAGCAUCCUGUGAUUUUUUGUAUAAGUAAUAUAUUGUAAAGAAAAUAUAUAAUAUUACUUAUUAGGUAUAAUACAUUAAGCUAUUAUACUUCAAUUGCGUAUACGCGUUUUCUGGGAUUAAUGCUGAUAUUAUCUGGAAUAAUUAUUUUUAAUUGAACAUAUUAGAAAACUUAUGCAACGAUAUWAUUUUAUGAUAACACGCUGUUUCCAUAUUUUUUAGUUUUAUUUUUGGCCGGGCCAUAAGUUAAACAAAAGUUAUGUUAUUUUUAAUCGCACAAUAAUUUAGAUUAGUGAGUUAUAURAACGUAUAAUUAUAUAUUGUUCCAUUACAUUUUAUGAGGUAUAUGCGACAUUUGGCUUUCCAAUUUGAAAUUUUUGUUAUUCUGUACAAUUUUUAAAAUUGUUUCAAUUGAAAUUAUGGCAUAAUGAAAACAACUUUUCGUAAUUAUUAUGAACUCAAUAUGAGUUAGUUGAAAAAAUAAUAAUCGUUGUUAUUAUAUUUCCAAUUAUUAAUAAUAUAACUAG